GCGAGAGAGAGAGCAGGAAGUAGUUUCCAGCAGCGGCCGGAUGUUCAGUGUGAAGACAGGAACAACAAAGAAGAAGAGAAAGCGCCCGGGUUUUAAACCUACUCGAGAUCACCUGAACAAACCUGAACACACAGACAUCAAGGAGCUUCACUGUUCCUCACAGUAGGGCAAAAGAAUUUGGUUUGCAUGUGAGGACAAGUGUCUGCCGAGCCAACCAUGGCGAACAAUGCAGAGGAUAUCGAAAACAAUAUGGACCAACAGGAGACCAACGUGGCCUCUGAACCCUCCCAGCAGCCCCAGGAGGCUGCGGUGACCAGAUCACGGUCCAGGGGAGGCUCAGGAGCUGGAGGAGGAGGAGGAGGAGGAGCAGGUGAUGGUGGAGGUGGAGGUGGAGGUGGAGGAGGUGGAGGAAACGGUAGUGGACCAGAGCAGAAUGGACAGCCCCCCGCUGCUCGUCCUCCACGCGUGGUGGAGACCGAGGAGGACGAGGACGAAGAGUUGACCUUGAAAUACGGGGCCAAGCACGUCAUCAUGCUGUUCGUUCCCGUGACCCUCUGCAUGGUGGUUGUCGUGGCAACCAUAAAGUCCGUCAGCUUCUACACCCAGAACGACGGGCAGACAUUGCUCUACACCCCGUUCCCUGAAGACACAGAGACAGUAGGACAGAGAGCGCUCAACUCCAUCCUGAACGCCACCAUCAUGAUCACUGUGAUCAUCGUCAUGACUCUGGUGCUGGUGCUGUUAUACAAGUACCGCUGCUACAAGGUGAUUCAAGGCUGGCUCUUCCUCUCCUCCCUCCUCCUGCUCUUCUUCUUCUCCUACAUCUACCUCAAAGAGGUUUUCAAGACCUACAAUGUGGCCAUGGACUAUUUCACCCUGGUGAUAAUCAUUUGGAACUUCGGAGUGGUGGGCAUGAUGUGUAUUCACUGGAAAGGGCCGCUGCGGCUCCAGCAGGCCUACCUCAUCAUGAUCAGCGCCCUCAUGGCCCUGGUUUUCAUCAAGUACCUGCCAGAGUGGACCGCCUGGCUCAUAUUAGCCGUCAUAUCUGUCUACGAUCUGUUAGCGGUGCUCUGUCCCAAAGGACCUCUGAGGAUCCUGGUGGAGACGGCUCAGGAGAGGAACGAGCCCAUCUUUCCAGCUCUCAUCUACUCCUCUACAAUGGUGUGGCUCGUCAAUAUGGCCGACACUGAGUGGCCUAAAAGGAACUCGACAGAAGCGGCGUCGCCUCAACCAGAGGCUCCUCCAGAAGCCGUGGCGUCCCCGGCUCCCUCCGGUCUGUCGCAGGACGACGGCGGCUUCAACUCUACCUGGGUCAACCAGCAAGAGAACCAGCUGGGGGAGCUCCAGUCCACCGAUCAGACCAGACGGGAGAUCCAGGAUAUGCCCUCCGCUCGCCCUCCCGUUGACGACGACGAUGAGGAGAGGGGCGUCAAGCUGGGGCUCGGAGACUUCAUCUUCUACAGCAUGCUGGUGGGAAAGGCCUCGGCCACAGCCAGCGGCGACUGGAACACCACGCUCGCCUGCUUCGUAGCCAUCCUCAUUGGCUUGUGUCUGACUCUGCUCCUCCUCGCCAUCUUCAAGAAAGCGCUCCCCGCUCUUCCCAUCUCCAUUUUUUUCGGCCUAGUCUUCUACUUCGCCACAGACAACUUGGUGCAGCCCUUCAUGGACAGGCUGGCGCUACACCAGUUCUACAUUUAGCAGGACGCUGCCCUGAUAACCCUCACCCACAUAGCCCUCCGGCCAACAACACGAGCGCGGUCCCCUUCACAGCCGGGGGAACAAAGGGCGACGCAGGGGCCCCUCCCGUCCCCGCAUCCCCUCCUAAGAACUCAUGAUGACGGGACACAAGUUGUUUUUUGUUCUGCCUUUCUUUCCGGCGCCAAGGGGGGGUAUUCCCCACGAAGGCUGUUCUUAGAUAUUUUUUAUUUCACUUUUAAACCAAGAAGUGACAUUUUCUCGCUCGACUUGGGAUCUCAUCUUCAAACCCGCCGAUCACCGGUCUCAGGCUCAGUCCAAACUAAGAGAAGUUGGUGGUAAUAUUUUACCUUUUUAUUUAUCCAGGGAAGCUUCACAAGAGCUUGUCUGCUUCCACUCAUAUCUGGGAGCUGCCCAGUACACCCACAGUCCUCUACAACUGGGGCUUUACAGAAGGUGCCUUGCUCAGGGACACCUCGGUGGUAGCUGUUGAGCAGAAGGGAGACAGUUUCAUUAAAUCUCCCUUCAAAGACUUUAAAUCAUCUUCAUUUCUACGACUUCUGAGCCGCCACCGCCCCCCGAAACUAAACCCACGAUUUCAAAAGCCUUCAUCAAACUAAUGGACACUCUGAUGAUAUUGAUAAUAGAUGUGUAGUUUGAUUGUGUAUGAGCUGUCAGUCACCAGACGUGCUUUCCUCACCGCUGUUAAGAAUGGUUAAGUUCCCACUUUAGACACACCAGAACCAAAAGCUCUGAAGCCGGAGAGCGAUUCACACCCCGAAAGAUUUACACCGAACAUGUUUUGAGCUUGUGAAUCUUUCUCAUGGGAAAAAAAGUGGAUGAAUUUAUUUUCUCUAGAAUUAAGAUAUGAGUAUAAUUAUGACACUGACUCAGCAGAGAGAUUUCACCACGUUUCCUGCCCUUAAUUUUUACGUCAAAUCACAUUUGAAGUCGCAGCCUGCAGAGGGAGGAAAGUUCACACACUGACACACUCACACCUGAGACUUGCCUGCCAUGUCAGUCACGUGCUGUCGGCCACUGAGCAGUUCUGCUGGAGCAGUCGGAGGUUCAGUGCCUUGCUCAAGGGCAUUUCAGUAGUAGUUGUUGUUAUUGUUCUUGUAAUUGUGGGACAGAAAUGUGCUUUUCAUUCUCUUCCCUGACUGAUUAGUUUUUGUUUUUUUUUCAACCUGUCCAGGGAUUGUAACCUCUGAUCAUCUGGUCACAAACUCUGAACCUUUAGGCUAUAGCUGCCCUCAUGAUGCUCGCCUGGUGCUGUCUGGAACUAUGCUACAUCAAACACUAUACACAGAUACCCGUCGUGUUUUUUUCAAGAUAUGCGGACGAGAAACUUUGUACUUUUUGAAUCAUGAGGGUAAAUGUUAACGGGGUUCCUACACAGAUCAGGAAAAUCUGAGAAUAAUGUGAAAACAAACAAAACAUUUGACAGGAAUUCUGUCCGUGUUUUGAGGGAGAAACAGUCCUGAAUGAGGGAGUUGUAGAUGUAGUUUGAUUUGAUACUUGAAUUUGUGAACAUUUUUGGAAAACAAUCUCCAGUUAUCAAGCAUUAUUUGCGUAAUUUUAAUCAAGUUAAAAACAAACCAAAAAGUUUAAAUCAUGGUUAAAAAAAGUAAAUAAAUGAACCCAAACUCUGUGGCUCCUCAUAUACGAGAUAAUGCAGAAUGACGGAGGAGGACGAGCUGCACUGAUUUGUCUUUUGUUGUUGCACUCGAGUUUGCAGAGAAGAAAACCUAGAGGGAACAAUAUUGUGAUAUUUGUCCUGAAACCUUUUUUUUCUUCCCUUUUUGUUUUUAGGGAAUAUGUUGGGUGACUGGCUUUUUUUCUGUCCUUCACAUGCAUAUGUGUGUUAUGCAAGGUUAUUAAAUUCAGAUUUUGUUUUUUAAUAAAUAAUUAAACUUAAAA